GCAGCCCACUGCUCCCCGUGGCUCGCCGCUGCCCUCCCGCCGAGGCUCCGCUCUGCUCUCCUGCACUCCCUCUCUGGUGAAAGACUAAUCAUACAUGAAUCAGAGGCUUGAGAAAGAGAUGAAGUUUGGCUGUCUUUCCUUCCGUCAGCCUUAUGCUGGGCUGGUCCUAAACGGAGUCAAAACCCUAGAGACUCGUUGGCGUCCUUUGCUGGCAGACCAGCAUGGCUGCACCAUUGCUAUUCACAUUGCUCAGAAAGACUGGGAAGAUGAAUCAUGGAAGUAUAUACUGGUGGACAGGCUCGGGAUGACAAGCACUCAAAUUCAGGCGUUAAUGGAUGAAGGGGAGAAAUUUGGUAGAGGAGUUAUUGCUGGACUUGUUGACAUUGGGGAAACAUUGCAGUGUCCUAGAAAUCUGGCUCCGGAGAAGAUGGUGGACCUAGAGAAUAACGCUGUGCUGACCGACUUGAGACAAAAGUACCUAACAACACUUUCAAACCCAAGAUGGCUCUUAAAACCAGUACUUGCUAAAGGUGGGAAGGAUAUAUUUCAAGUCAAGAUCCCCAGAGAACUGAUCCCUGUGGAGCAAGGAAGUUUUAUCAUGGCUUCCCAAGAAUAAAGUUGCAGAGAACUGAGCCAAACAUCUUGAAUGGAUACGAGCCAUACUGUAAAUUCCUUUUAUUGUAUUAAUUGCACGGGAUGUCCUCUACAGGAAAAAAAAACCCAUCAUUUCUCAAAACCAGAUCAGUGGGAAUCGUGAUUUUCAAGCUAAAGCAUCCGUGAGGUAUAUAUCUUUUUCACCUAUUGACGAUAAUGUUUCAGAUCAUGAGGUCUAAUGCAGACAGUGAUAUCGGUCAAUAAAUGUCAUCAUG